AUGGACGAUGGCGCCAUGCACGCCCAUGCUUUUGACGGUCCUGGCGAUGACGGCAACUCUUGUCCUUGGCCCGACCCAACCUCCUCGUCUCCCCUUCAACCCUCGUGGCUCGCGGUCGCAGCCACAAAGCCCUGGCGGCCCCUGUGUCAAUGCCCGGAUUCGAUUCAAAAUAAAAAUGAAAAAAAAUCGAUCCUUUCCCCCCAGCCGGAAUCGGGCAUUUCGUGGCAGCAGCAGCAGCCAGCAGCAGUGGAUGCAGCACAUCCACCACCACGUCGAGACCCUGCUGUGUCCCCACGGUGGCCGGCGGGUAUUUCCCGGUGUACCGCAUGCCCACCUUUCCAGAUAACGAAGCACACUCUCUGUCUGAACAUUGAGAUCAAGGCCUCUAAACAGCCAGGCAGUUCCUUGUACAUAUAUCACCGUCACAAUGAAUCGCCAAAACUAGUUGAUGCCGAAUUAGGAUGCAACAGGAGGCUCGGCUCAUGCGGGUGGCUUUGGAAACGACUCGAGAUGCUGACAACUCCCAACAGCAAACCGGUUCCAACAAACCGUUAUCCCAGGAGCCCUCGGGCCAUUUCAUAUGGCCGCGUGGUUCCGCCCACUUAUUCCUACCCCACAGACUUGGGGGAGAAAUGGCUUACCUUGUCGCUGUCAGCCAGGUUCCGGUCCCAGUCCUCGGCUGCCCCCCCCCCCCCCCCAAAAGCCCAGAGGGCGGCCACCUGGGUGCUGACAAGCCAGCCAGGGCAGCGAGACAGCAGACCAGGGGGGCUGGGGCUGACAGGCAUCAUGGCUCCAUCCGCACGCGGCCUGGGAGUAGUACAUGAUAUGGGCAUGUUACUAGCAGGGCCAGGCACAAGGUCAGGACUCAGGAGAGUGUACCCGGGUCGCCUUGCUAAGCUAUGGAAGGGAGGCCCUGACCGUUAUUGACCCUUUGGACUCACACUAGUGAAGAGUCCUCCGAGCGGCCCAUCGUCAUCAAUCAUUGCCAUGAUACCCGACGAAAACGUGCAGAGCAGUGGACCAAAAGCCGAAGGAUCGGAUCAAAGAGGUUGAGCAACCAACUGCAGAAGGCUACGAGCCCUAUUAGCAUAUCGACAUGACUCCAUUGCGAGCAUACCGUAAUAGAUACAAGCACACAAACGAAAACAGCACCCUUUGCGAGCUCGUGCGAACUACUGUAACGGUUUUCGUUUGGCCGCAGUACUGGACACAGCCUAUCACGCGACCGGUUGGGAGAUUGGGUUCAGUCAGUGACUACCAACGCAACCGCGAUGGCUCGAGAAUCAACACUUCCGAAUAUUAUGAAGUUAUCCUGGUCACGGUCUGUCGUCGACGCUUAGUGUUGCAAAGCUGACUUGACUCAAUCCCAAUCAAUGGUCGAAAUAAGUACAAGAAGACAUGUUUCACGUCGUCUGGACUUUUGGAUUCCCGAUCAUCGCCGAUUACCCGUCCCGGGUUAUGCAGAGACGGUACGCGCAGCCCACGAGGGGCCUGGCUGUCUGGGUCUUUU